AUGCCUUCCCACGGAGCUCCAACCGCCAAAAACGCCAGCAUCUUAAUUGUCGGUGGAGGGGUUUUUGGCCUCUCCUCAGCCCUCCAGCUGUCGAAGAAUGGCUACACAAACAUCACAGUUAUUGACCGGGAAGCUGUACCAAGUCCUUACUCCGCUGGGAAUGACCUAAACAAAAUCGUGCGCGCAGAGUAUGAGGAUCCAUUCUACGCGAAGCUCGCCCUGAAUGCAAUAAAGCAAUGGCAGACGCCCUUCUGGGCGCCUUAUUACAAACCCACCGGUUACCUCGUUGCGAUAUCCCCGGAUGCACCCCAGAAAGCGCGCGACUCCCUCCAGAAGUCACUCGCCUCAAUAAAGAACGAUCCCGCAUUCAAACAUGGUUCCUUCACCGCCAUUGGUAGCGCAAAGGAUGCAAAGGGCUGUGCUCCAAUGUUAAAUGGUAAUAUGGAAGGUUGGUCAGGGUAUUUCAAUCGACAUGCGGGGUAUGCGAGAGCUGCGAAAGCGCUCGAGCACGCAGCCAAAACAUGCAAUGAGAUGGGGGUGAAAUUUGUUACUGGAGAUAAUGGCUACGCCGUCGAGCUUCAAUUUAGAGACGAAUUACAAGGGCGGAGGAUAUGUACAGGUGUGAAAACCACCAAUGGUACUAUCUACCAAGCCGCGCAGACAAUCCUCUGCUUGGGAGCACACAUUGGGACUCUCCUCCCGGAGAUCUCCUACCAAGUCAUGGCAAAAGCAUGGUCCGUCGCACACAUCCAGUUGAGUGCUGAAGAGGUGGAGGAGAUGAAAGACUGCCCAGUUGUGAAUUGCAGGGAUCUCGGGUUCUUCUUCGAGCCAGAUGAAGAUACCGGACUUCUCAAGUUGAGUGCCAACGGUGCUGGGUAUACAAAUUAUGUUACCUCGCCUGGUUUCCAGGAGCAGAUUUCUAUCCCGACCCCAUCAGUUAAAGGUAUACCCAAAGAGGACGAAGAGCUGAUUAAGCGCCUGAUCAGUAACACCAUGCCGAAGUUCUCUGGGAGGCAAUUGGUGAAUAAGUUCAUUUGCUGGUGUGGUGACACCGCAGAAUCUGACUUUAUCAUCGAUUUUCUCCCCGGCGUGGAGGGCUUGAUGGUCGCUGGUGGAGAUAGUGGACAUGCGUUCAAGAUGUUACCGGUCGUCGGAGAAUGGGUGGCGAACGUUAUAAUGGAGGGCGAGCAAAGUAUCACUAGAUGGAAAUGGAAAGAUGGUAAGGCGAGCAGUGAUGAUAUAUCAUGGCGAGUGGGGACCGUCAGAGAUAUCAAGGAAGCCAUGAGCCUAAACACAAGGAGCCAAAUCUAG